UCUCGGGGUGGAAGCGAGGCCGCGAAAAGUAUGGACAGGCGAAACAGGAGAAAAAAAAAAGAUAAAACUAUACCAUCGGAACCACAGAGAGCCAACGAAAGUGAACUAGGCCUACCACAUUUCCCAUAUGGAAAAGAUAUCUAGGCACAACCUCACCGACUCACCACCUAGUCGUUGUGCUUCAAAUAAAAAAUAUUAAACUCCAAUGGAAUUGCAGCUCACAACAUCAGUGGGACGAGGAAGAGAGAAUAAGUAAUUGGAGGCCUAAAUCGUUGAGGAAAAUGUGCAUUAUUUCGAUUUUGGACGUCGCCAGUGCCAGCCCGAGUACGCAAUUCAAAACAAACCUUAAAUAGGUAGCAGAGGAAAUUACAAUAAAAAUGAUUGUGAUAGUAGCUGAGCGGUCGUGCUAAGUGUUUCUUCAUUUGGUAUAAUAUUUGCUGCGUUGGAGGUCAUACGCUGAAAAGUGUCACUCCGAUUCCACCUUCCCCGAGUACCUGGUGAAUCCAGGUAUAGCCAUCAACCUUGCGAAACAGUGCACAAAGUCGGUCACAACAGUUGGAGCACAACCUUCAGAGAAGGCAUCGAAUUCAAUCUAAUCUGACAAGUAUUAGAAACUAAUUCCACUUAUCAGCCACUGUCUCAGUUUAGAGCUUAGAGAAUUGCCAUCGGUGCUCGUGCAAUAACAUCAAAACAUCGCCGUGUAGCUCCUCCAGUUAUCAAAAUCUCGACAAAUGGAAAACCAGACCUGCCGUCACAAUCUUCGUCACUAGCACUUAAUUUGACGUCGACGUUGUCUCGCUGGUGACAAAAAUUACAGUUACUUUCGGAAUCUCUGGGCAGAUCAGCAACAACAGCAUCUCAAAACAUCUUGGAGAGUGUGGUACUGUGCGGUUAGAAGAAAACCACAUCGCCCAAACCAAACCGGAUCGGUCGGUUUGUUUCUGGCAGCAAAAAACUUGACCAUGUCUACCGCAGCUUUGGCCAAUGGCCUCAACCUAACAGUGGACCGGGAGUUCCGAUACAUAGUCCAGUGGUUCACCGAGUGGAGUGAGUUUCAGCGAGAGGAUUUUGUUCCGGUUUUGGCAUCCCAUCUGGCCAGCCUCCAAGGCGGAAAUCAACCGGCCUAUGUAAAUGGAAUCAUCAGUGCCAUGGCAGCCGUCAGCAGUCAGGAUAAACCGAUGAGCCUGUUCCAGUGUCGUGUUAAACUAUUCAACGAAUGGUCCAGCAAAUGGCCCGAAGGCCAGGGUGCCAAACUUCUGGAGCGUCUGACGGAAAUUGACUCCGACUUCGGCCACCAGGUGGAACAAGAGCUUGCGGGUAACGGUCGAUCAACGCAGCAAAACUCAAACGAACCGUUCACGAACUUCAGCGACGAUCCGGAGGAAUCUUCGACCCCGCAACUAGUCGUGACACCGUCGGUAUCCGAACAUCACAGCAGCAAUGGCAACAACGUGACGAUUGUGAGCAUUUCGGCACCCGAUUCUGAUCUGAUGAAUGCAGAACCGAUUGACUUGGUCAUUGGGGAAGAUUGAACCUUCCCCCUUCCGAUCGUUGAAUCAUCCCCUUAGGUUCCUCUUCCCUGGGCAGGGAAAAUCACGCACGGAACACACGAACUGAAUCCAUAUCUGUUACAAAUUAGCAUUGUGAAGCAGCUCGUUAUAUUUAUUUUUAAUCCAAGCUUGACCUUUUCCACAUUCCAACUGCAGUGCUUUCUGCUUGAAACAGAAUCUGCAUAUUUAACUAGUAAUUUAUUGUAACUGAUUAGCAUUAACAUUUUCCCUCGACAUUGACGAAUAUCGUAUUAGGUUCUCUUUCAUUUAUCAAUCCAAAUCUAGCUUUCAGUUCUAUUUAUCGCACUGAAGUAAAGAAUCUGCAACUCCCACACAAAACAACGUUGUUCAAAUGCAUAACGCAAAUAUCUUUCCUCUAACAUAUGUAUGUAUUUAUCGUGUUGGUAGUCGUUAAGCAAUUGAUGAGAGAAGCAAUUAUAAAUUUGCCAUACUAAAAGUUCUCAAUUAUAAACUAGAAUCUAUAUUUUAAAAAGUUUUUUAAAAUUACAAGAAUAAAUACAAUCAAACAAACGAGCGAAGAAUAGCUGUGGUGAUUCGAAAAUCUUCUAAAGAAAGCCGAAUAGGUUUACGCUACGUAAUUUGAAAUAAAGAAUCAAAAUAGUUGAAGCCACUACUUAGAGAGGUUAAUGAAAAACAACAAUUCACUGGUUAGAGACGCUAGCAAACACUAGAGGCAAAAACAUCGUUAAACUCAACAUUCACAUUCCGAAGCGUUCGAAGAAUGUUUCAGACAAAGCAUACACUGAAGAUACAAACAGACGAUAAAAAAAAUUAAUUUAAUGAAUUAAGAAGGCGUGAUAAAUAUCUAAUAAAGAGACACUCACACCGAAGUAAACGGAAACCA